CGUGGUUUCACUCUGCCAACUUUGCCAGUCUUUCCAAGUCUCUUCCUAAGGCUCGAGUUAUCGAGAUUUUCCUUUCUUCGCUUUGCCAGGGGUCGACUGACAUAGGUCUCUUUCUCGGAAGUGGAUUGGUGUAAUUUGCAACUCGGCGGUGAAACCAUGAACGACUCCUACGCCAUGGCUGGUGCUGGUGAGAACCAUCGUCGCUCAGAGAGCUCAGAAGGCUUGAUGGGCGAAGACAAGACCUUUUCUUGCACGCACCCGGGAUGCAACAGACGCUUCACUCGUGCUGAGCACAUGCAACGUCAUGCUCUCAACCACAUGCCUGGCGGGUUGAGCUGCGAUUUGUGCAAUGCUCACUUCAAGCGACCCGAUCUGUUGAAACGGCAUAUGGACCGUCACCGCCAAAAAGAUCUCGAAGCAGGCGGACCAGGCUGCGGCGUUCUAGACACACGAAAGCGAUCUUGGAAGGCCCCGGACGGGUCUGUUGUAGAAAAGCGGCCCUGCCCGAAUCCGUCUGGACGGGGCCGGGCCUCGGCAGGAAAAGAGCGUCCUCAAGCUCAACAGGUUCCUUCACCUGACCCGGAGCCCCACGACGGGGAUCACAGUCUGUCCGGCUUAGACAUAGAGCCAGACCAGGACUACUCCAUCGACAGCAUAUCACCAGAGUUUCACAGACGCUCGACCUUGGAUCUACGGCCAGGAAGCCAAAGCGACACUCAACAGUAUUCCUUCGGACGUGAAGACGUUUUUAAUCCAACUGAACCCCCCAGUAGCUGGGGCGAGACAUCAUUCAUGAGCGAACAGUUGGACUACGAUCAGAUCUUCCAACCCGACACUGCCAGCUCCUUUAACAUGCCAUAUACCACUGCGCUGGAUUACAACUGGCUAUUCAACAUGCAAGAUAACUCAGCUUCCCCCGCGGCGUCGAGACCUUCCAACCUUGGUCAAGACUUUGAAACUCACAUGGCAAACAGCCAAUCUCAAAGUAAAUCGCGAGCAAACGUCGCAAUCACACCAGAGUCGAUGAAGAGCGCGCAGCUGUGGACCGAUCCUAUGGACAUGAGUGCCAAAGAUCAGGAGAGACAGAGGUCGUCCGGUCCACCUAACAACCCAUCGACAACCGCCAAUGAAGCCGCCAGGCGGCAAGCAAUGAGAAACUCCAGGGAGAGGAGCUCAGACGUCCCGCAAUCUCGAAGACCUAGCGAUGCGCCACCAGCAGCUCGACAGCGUUACCCUGCACCCAGCCGGCCAACUCCGACCGAGCCAGAGAGACCACUGUCUUCUUUGCGGAAGCCGCUUACGAUCCCUUCAAUUGGUGAAGAUGUGAGAGAGAGGCUGCUAAACGUCAUUGACGGCGCUAAGCCGAAUCUCCCUGAUCAACGCGUCACAAUAUGGGAGCACCCUUUAUUAUCAGCGGACUCACUCAAGUCGUACUUGGAGCUAUUCUUCACUCGCUUCAACACCGCAUACCCCCUCAUCCACCUAGAAACCUUUGACUGCAGGAGUACCGAGCCUCUGCUUCUGUUGUCCAUCCUGCUGCUGGGUGCCACGUACUCGAGCAAAGACUGUCAUCAACUUGCUGUUUGCAUACAUGAUGUCAUCCGGCCGAGUAUCUUUGCCCAUGCCGGGUUCUCACCUAGGCCAGAGCUCUGGACGUUGCAGACAAUUCUUCUGGUCGAAUGCUUUGGCAAGUCGCGUGCCGGUCAGAAACAACACGACAUGAGCCAUUUGUUCCAUGGACUUUUGAUCAAUCUCAUUCGCCGUUCCGAUUGCCAGACUGUGCGACCGCCGGGUCCGCCACCAGUCUCGGGCGAAGAUAACGCCGGCGUGUUAGACCAGGCAUGGAGGAAGUGGGCCGAUGCGGAGCAGAAGAAAAGGUUGGCCUUACUCUGUUUUAUGUGGGAUACCCAGCACGCAGUUCUCUUUUGCCAAAGUCUUUGCAUGUCAGCCUUUGAGCUUCGACUCGAACUCCCGUGCAGCCAGAGCAUCUGGGAAGCUCGGGAUGCCGCAUCAUGGGCAUCGGCAUGGCGCUCAAGUCUCAGCGACCAGAGGCUGUUUUACUUGCCCACUCUCAAAUCCUAUCUGACACCGUCAGCCCCACGACCUGCUGGUCUCACUGGAUUCUCAAGAAUUCUUGUUCUCCAUGGCUUGAUGUCCAUCUCCUGGGACAUGGGCCGACGGGACCAGACGGCUCUGGGCGUCGUGUCUGGAGACAGCUUCGGGAUGGGUUGGCGCAAAUUGCUGAGCACGGCCUACGACGCAUGGAAAAACGACUUUGAUACAUUCUGUGCUAGCUUCGCGUCCCAAUUACAACGGGGAUCUGCCUCCCAGGCUCAGGGAAACCAACAGCAGGAGGACGACGAAGAUUUGACGCGGAGAGUGGAGUUUGAGUCAUUUGCGGCAGCAUACAAGGCUCUCUAUCACUCAGCACAAGCCUUGCUCAACAUGGACUUCUUGGAUGUCCAGAUAUACGCUGGUGCUCGUCACAUUCUCGGUAGACCAGUACAGCAGCGCGACUACCACAGAUCCGCACAGGUGGUGAAGAAGUGGGCUGCUUCAGGCUGCGAGACACAGCAGCAGCAGCAGCAGCAGCAGCAGAACCAUCCACUCGGCCCAAGACAAGAUCGAAGCGGAGCUACCGACGCCAACGCUGAUCAAUCUAAGCAAUCCGCGUCCGAAGCAGCAUGGCAUGCGGCGAGAAUGCUAGUCGAAACCAAGAGGACGCUGAACAGCAUGGAGGCCAUGAACCUCUUCCACGUGCCGUGGUGUCUGUACCUGGCGACGCUGACCUGCUGGGCAUAUCACCACGCGCGACCCAGCCGAUCAUACCGGGCAUCCUCGCGGCGGGCGUUUGACGCCUUUGACGAUGAGGAUGACUUCGAGGACGACGAGAUGAUUUGGGAUCCGCAAGGUGAGAUGGAGGCUCUUGUUGCGAGCAUGUCGGAGCGCGCGGUACGGGGCGAGGUUGCUUUGCGGAGAGAGCGCAAGAGGACGAAUGGCUUGGUGUGGAUCAUGGCGGAUGUCUUGACGACGGUGAGAUGGGGGAUCGUGCACGCUGGUGUUGUGGUUUUGCGGGGUUUGGUGCCUCAACGCUUGAUUAACCAGUACGAAGAGGUUAUCUAGGUCUUCAUAAGCUUUGAAUCUUAUGUGAUUGCUGAUUUCAUCUUCUGGCCACUGGCCAGUGCAUUCUGCAUAGUCAGCUUGAGCGGCGAGGUGUUCGGCCGAAGUCUGGCUGACAACGUUGAGAUGCCCAUGUUAGAGUUCAAGCGGUGUGCGUUGGACCCCGAUGAAGCGGAGACAUCAACAUCCCACUUGCAUUCAUAGAACCCCAGAAACCAGGGACAUCCGUGUCAAGAACCUGGUUGCCGGUAUUUUGAUGGAGGCCAUAGCGUUGGCGCUGGGCUUAGACUGUCUGGACUUGGAAUCUCGGCGCCGAGGUCCUCGAACCUUUACCUAGAUCAUGCUAUGAAGGUCUGGGCAUUGCCUCCCCUUAGACCUGAUUCCGAAGUCUUAUAAGAAGACUCUUUCUGAAUACUGCUGGUGAUUAUCUUUUCUACUCG